AUGAAUGAUAACAAUUUAGACACGUAAUAAUAAUAAACAAGAAGUGGAUAAACAUAAGGAACAUAUCAAACAAUUAAAUCAAAUAAUAUUGAAUUACAUAUAAAUACAAAUACUCUUAUUCAAUAGGAAAGUCCAUAUCCAAAGGUUCCUUAAACGAGGAAAUCAGAAAAACUAUUCUGUUCCAAAUGCAAUGCUCCUGUAGAUUCAGAUAUUUCCUAUGAAAUGGGUAAAGGAAGCUAUGUAAUAAUUUUUAUUUUACUUGCACUCAUAAUAACCUGUUUUUUUGCAUUUAUUCCUUGUCUUUUGAAUAAUUGUAAAGAUGUGCAACAUCGAUGUUCCAAAUGUACUAAAUUAUUAGGCACUAAAUAAUUUUUGUUUGGAUGA